UAUUCUGUUAGUUCACCACUUUGAUGCCAGUCAAUAUCUUAAUCUAAAUGCAUAUCUACAUAUUAGCUAAUUUAUAAUAGCAGACAGAUAAACUUUAGAGCUUGAUAAUUCUCAGGAAACUUGAUUUACAUGGAACGCAAAGGAAAAUGGGACCUUUUGCAUUAACCUUUGCUAUUUCUUCUAUUAUUUCCUUAACAGCAUCACAGCACACAGACGGAAAAUCGAGACGUUUUCUCUUAGAUGGUCUACAUUUAAAUACGGCUGACUUAGAUAAAAUGCCAGACUUUUUAAAGCGAACAGAGUGUACAAAAUGUAAAUGUGAUCUUCAAUGUCAUGCACAAGAUUUUGAUUUAAAAGAGUCGGACAUUUGCGCUGGUUUUUGGAAUAACAUUUCAUGCACAGGGGUUCAACCACAAAGUCCGUGUUCAAAUUUGAAUUGCGUACAUGGAACAUGUUCAGUAACCAAUGGCGUAGCUAGUUGCGCCUGUAACCAAGGCUGGAUGGGCAACCAAUGUGAGACGGAUAUAAAUGAAUGCACUCAACAACCAUGUAAUCACAACGGACAGUGCACAAAUACAGACGGAACCUAUGUUUGUUCAUGUCAGAGUGGUUGGGAGGGAAAAAAUUGUGACCUCGAUAUAGAUGAAUGCACAAGGUACAGAUUUUGUCAGAACGGGGCCACGUGUGUAAACACUCCAGGCCAUUUUACUUGCACGUGUCUCAGUGGAUGGAAAGGAACACAAUGUCAGACUGAUGUAGAUGAGUGCUUAACAAAUCCGUGUAAGAAUAAUGGCACGUGUUCCAACUUGCAUGGGGGAUAUAACUGCGCAUGCUCAACUGGAUGGACAGGAAGUAACUGUGACACAGAUGCAGAUGAGUGCUUAACAAAUCCAUGUAAGAAUAAUGGCACGUGUUCCAACUUGCCUGGGAGAUAUAACUGCUCCUGCACAUCAGGAUGGACCGGAAUUAACUGUGACAUAGAUUUAGACGAGUGUGCGAUAUUUAACUCUAGAGGGUUUCUGUGUCGCAAUGGGGCUUCUUGUAUAAACGAAAAUGGUUCCUUUAAAUGUAACUGUAGUGAAGGAUGGACAGGACGGUUUUGCUCGGAAGAUGUGGAUGAAUGCUUGGACAACCCUUGUUUAAAUCAUGCAGCCUGUAGCAACACGUAUGGCGGUUAUAAUUGCAAAUGUGGGUCCGGUUGGACUGGUGCGUUUUGUCAGACAGAGGUAACAACACAGGUUGACCACUGUUCAAGCAGUCCGUGCAAAAAUGGUGGACUUUGUGUCAGUAACCAGCACGGCUAUUCAUGUUAUUGUUCCGGUUGGUAUGGAAAUAAUUGUGAAAUAGACGUUGACGAGUGUAAAAUAAGUACUCCAUGUCAAAACGGAGGCCAAUGCGUGAAUACACCAGGUCACUACACGUGUCAAUGUAAACUUGGCUGGACCGGUGAUACUUGUGAAUUAGAUGCGUGUCAUGUCAAGCAAUGUGGACCACAUGGAACAUGUCAUCACCAGGAUACCUUCCCCUUUUACCAUUGUAACUGCACGGCGGGGUAUGCUGGACAACAUUGUGAACAAACUGUGUGUGAGACAAAACCAUGUCAAAACGGCGGGCAUUGCGUUUCAAAUAACACGUCACCAUAUUUCAGCUGUGUAUGCCCAAAAGGCUUCUAUGGCGAAACUUGUUCUUUAACACCAAGCUGGUCAGAAUGGUUUUAUGGCUCGUGUUCUGUGACAUGCGGAUCUGGAACACGUGCUGGGAUAAGAAGAUGUAGUACGGGGCGUGAGAGCGAUUGCAUGGGAGAUUCUAUGCAAAUAUUUCCGUGCUAACACACAACAGUGUUGAUUGGUUCUUUGUAGUAAGACACAAGUGGAUACUACCGAUUUCAAAUACGAUUUUCUUUCUGUUUUUCUUAUUUGUGAAAUGUUAAUAUACACGAAGCAAAACUA